GGGGGGAGAAAAGGAGAAGAGUCGAGAAGGAUUUGGGGAGGAAGGAGAGAGAAAAAAAAAAAGAAAGCUGAGAGGGACUCGGUCUCGAGCCGGGGAGAAGAGGCGGAGACCUCCGGUCGCUCCUCUGCCGUUUGGUCGUCUCCCGGUGCGGGAGUGGUGUCCAGAGCUUCGUCUCGCCGUCCCCGACGUCUCUCCUGGGUUAGAUUCCGAUGGGAAGCCGAGUUGAGAGAGAAUCGAAGAAAAGAAGGCGACUGCCUCUCCGAUCAGUUUCCGAUCCCGGCCACGACGGCAAGAGUCAUUGGUACCGUUGGCUUUCUCUCGGGGUUUCUAUUCGAUUUGGGGUCUUGGUUUUGGCAAAGGAGCUUCGGUUACAGAGAGAUGAAGGAGAGAAGGAGGUUGAGUUUGCCGAUUCCAGCCACCGUCGAUGGAAAGUGAGAUGCUUGAAAUCGAGUGUGGUUGAAAUCGGGCGAAGUUGGGAUUUUGGGGCAGAGUACACCACCGUGUACGACUGCUGUCCUUGGCGGUGGCGACAGCGUUUUGGCCUUUGUUUGGUGAUUUCCACUCAGUUAGCAACUGUAGGAGAUGUAUUUGAUUAUUAGUUAUGCUUGAAUCCACUUAUUGAUGUUGUUUUGAAUAGGUGAAUUUGAGGAUUAUUGGGUGUGACAUAACCUCUAUAAUAUGGGUUAUUGAGUAAUUGAAUGGGUUGUAAUGAUUUUGGUUUCUGGGUUUACUUGGCUACUGUUUCGAUGUUGUUGAGUUGUGGUUGGGUUUGGACUAUGUUUGUAAUUUAAAAUUGUUGGGUUGUUGUUUGACCAGGUGUUGGAGUGGGAGAACUUCUGUACAGGCUUCUGGGAUUCUGUGUUUCCCGUGAGGGUGCACUUCAUGUGAAUUUGGUUUUAUUGUGAUAAAUGAAAUGGUCUAGAAUUGGUUAUAAUAAGAAGAUAAUCUCUUAGUUACAUUGGUCUUGAUAAAGUGAUUAAAGAUACCAAACUGUAUCAAGUUGAUGUUGAGAAAUGCCUGAAGUAUGACUAUGGGUGUCCAUAGUAAUUAUACAAUUUUGCUUUGAAAUUCUUUUUGACGAAUUUGUGAGAUAUGUUGGUUGAUAUGCUAAAUGUGUGGGAGUUGAAUGAUAUUUUGAUCUUAAGUUAAAGCUUGGGAAUGAGAACCAAAUGGGUUAUAGAUG